AUGUCAAGAACCUACGCACAACGCGCCAAAAACUUUCCUCAAAAUGAAGUUGCGCGCAUGUUACUAAAAAUUAUCGAACAGAAAAGAACAAAUUUGUGUGUAGCCAUUGACUUGACAAAGAAACGACAAGUAUUGGAAGUGAUAGAAAAAGUGGGGCCGUAUGUUUGUUUGAUCAAGGAAGAAAGAACAAAUAGUAAAGAUAGUAGUGGGUCCAUUAAAGGAAAACUUCGUUUCAGUAAGGCAAAAACUCAUAUUGACAUUAUUGAAGACUUUGAUCAAGGAUUGAUCGAUGAAUUACGCAUACUGCAGGAGCGAUUCAAUUUUUUAAUAUUCGAGGACAGAAAAUUUGCUGAUAUUGGCAACACAGUAAAACUACAAUACUCUUCAGGAAUUUACAAAAUAGCCGAAUGGGCACACAUCACAAAUGCACAUCCAAUACCUGGCGACGGGAUCAUUAAAGGGCUAAAAGAGGUUGGUAAACCGUUAGGCCGUAGUCUACUGAUUCUUUCUGAGAUGUCGUCGGCCGGAAGUUUGGCCACUGGUUCAUACACGGAAGCAGCGAUAGAGAUGGCACGUAGACAUCGUGAUUUUGUGAUUGGGUUUGUUGCUGGGAGAAAAUUGACCGGAAAUAAUUAUGAUUCGAAAAACCAAGCUGAUAAUGAUGUAAUAGAUAACGAUGAUUUUAUUGUUAUGAGUCCGGGUGUUGGGUUGAGUGAUGCAGGUGACAAGUUAGGACAACAGUAUCGUAGUCCAAGAGAUGUUGUUUUGAAGUCUGGAAGUGAUGUUAUUAUUGUUGGGCGUGGGAUUUAUGGGGAAGGUCGUGAUAUAAUCGAAGAGGCGAAAAGGUAUCAAGAAAGUGGGUGGAACGCCUAUUUGGAGAGAUUAGAAUUGCAAAGUAAUAAAUGA